AGUGAAAACGGUGGUGCGCCUCAGUUUUGCGCCACACGGCAAUGGCGUAUGUUGUUGGUGUUUCUGUGUCGUUGUUAGUACCCCGCCGACAGGUCGUAUUGUCACUCUAUCAAAAUACGGAACGCGAGUGCAGAUAGAAACAGCAAAAGGCGAUCCGUGGGACGUGACUGUAUUUUCGAAAAGCCGCGGUGCAACCAUCUCGCAGGAUCCCGGAUGAUCUACAAGUGAUCCAAUAUGGCGUCGACCGAUCUGUCGUUCGGCUGCAUACCGGCAUUCUACAGAGAAGUCUACGAGAAGAUCUGCUCACCCACGAGCGGAAACGUGGAACGAGAAGUGUUUAAAUCCCUUCUUGUCAAGUCUCAGCUGAGCAGCUCCGUUCUCAGCCAGAUAUGGGAACUGGUUGACAGCAAGACGGGUUAUCUAACCAGGAGCGGAUUAUACAAAGGCCUUGCACUAGUCGCGUUUGCUCAGCAAGGGAAACAUCCGAGCGACAAACUCCUGGAGAACUCCGAAUCACAAGAAUUACCUGUUCCUGUUCUGGGCGAUCUCUCCGAGGUGACACUUUUGGCGCAAAGGUUGCACAAAGGCAGCAAUCCGGCGAAGUUGAACCUUACUUACUCAGAUAUAUGCAACCUGGACACAAUAGAGGUGAACUUGGUCCCUGAGAAAAAGGGGAUUUUCUUGAAACACGUGGAAUACCAAGUGACCAGCAAAAGAUUCAACUCCAUCGUUUAUAGACGCUACAACGACUUCGUGUCGUUGCACGAGCUUCUCUUAGCAAGAUUUCCCUACAGGCUGAUACCGAAGUUACCACCGAAAAAAAUCGUUGGAGCGGACUCGCAAUUUCUGGAAGAAAGGAGACGAUCCCUACUGAGAUUCCUCACCGUGAUUGCUCGACAUCCUGUAGUGAGCAAAGACCACAUCGUCCAAUUCUUCUUCACUUACACCGGCGAGGAGACGCAGCACAAAAUUCGAGAGGUAUUCAGGCGAGUGCCGGACGAAUUCGCGACGUCGGAACUGUCGUCGAGGGCAAAGGAACUGGUGCCACCGGAAACGUUGACCGAAUUCGCGAACAGCCGCGAUCAAAUCCGCGUGAUACUUCUUGGAAUUUCUCGGCUGAAGAAUAUCGCUGAUUGUCUGGCAAUAAGGUCUCACAGUUACGCGGUGGACAUGGCGGAGCUGGGCACACAGUUGAGCAAUUUGGCCUCGGAGCCUCAUGGCACCACCGCCUGGGCCACCGGUGGUUCCACCAUUUGGCAAGAGAUGAAGAAAGGUUUCCAUAUAAUUUCAAAGGAAUUUAAUCUGCUUUCAACGAGAGCGCUGCAGCAAGCAGUCAGAGAAGAAACGAUGGUAUGUGAAAGGCUAAAUCUCUUAUUGGACGUGCUGGUAGCACAUAGAAUCCUAUGCGAGAGGCACGAGCGCGGUGUCAGCGCCGAUCAUCAGCGUGCAUUGUCCACGAUGUUGUCCUUAAAAAAGCGACAAAUGCAGGGUGUUAUACGCGGGACUGACAGCUUUUAUUUACAGAGUGACACAGUUGAAUACCUGGAAAAUAAGAUGGUCGCUCAGGAAUCGGUAAUUGCAAACGUCGAGCUACGAAAUUGCUUUUCGUUGCACUGUUUACACAUGGAGACGCAACUCGUUCACGCCCAUUUAGAAAUACUUGCCACGGUUCUGCAAAGUCUUGUCAACGUCCAAAUUCGCGGCCAUUCUGAGCUCGCUGAAGUGUGGAAGUUAAUAGAACCAACGAUCAUGAAGUGUUUACCAGAGAAAACAACCAGUGGAUCAAAUGGGAUUUCAUAGCAAGAAAAGAAUAUCUAGGUAGAAAUGAGCCUUAUUAUUAAGGAAAGAACAGCCAGGUAAAUAUAAUGUAUGUUUGUAAGACGCCCAUGUUGAAUUUAUAUAUUUAAAAGACAAAUAUAUCUAAUCGCGCGAUAUAUAUUAUUACUAACAAUCAUUUAAAAUGAAGAAUCCGGGUGCAGUACAUAAUUACAAAUUAUGUUUUAAACACACACAAUUCGAAGACUUUUUUAAUACAUUCCUUGUUGUGUACUUAAUAUAUUUUAUGAGCUAUUCGACACUCGUUACACGAGUGUAUAAUAUUGUAUAUAAAAUAAAUGACGCUUUCUUUUGUAAAGAUGAAUAAUUAGAUGAAAUUCCUGUAAAAAAAAGAUAUUAAAAGAAUUGUAAAUAAUUUGUUUACCGAAAUAUUGUGUUUUUUUAUACGAUUUAGAAGUCUGAGAGUUAACGUAAUUUCCACACAUCACGUUGAUCGUGAAUACGCGGAAUAUUUUACACACAUUUAUAUACGAUACUCGCCUUUGUGUAAUGGUAACAAAAUAUAUUGUUAUUGAAUAA